AAGGGCUCCCACGGUUUAUUUCAAAGAUUCUCUUCUUUCUGACACUCCAAACUCGCAACCCUCCAAACACAAACGAUCCCAAUCUGGUCCACAGACCUCAAACAUAAACCGAACCCCGCACUACACUCAAUCAAUUACCCUCUCUCAUCUCUUUCUUUCUCUCUCUACAGCUACGAACAUGUCUCCGAAACCAUCAGAGAACGGAACCGAAGGCGACGAUGAAAGAGAAGAAGGCGAAGAAGAUACAGAAGAGGACAAGGAGGAACAAGAGGAGGAGGAGGAAGAUGAGCCGAGGCUUAAGUAUCAGAGAAUGGGAGGCAACGUGCCUUCUCUUUUAUCGAGUGACGCCGCAUCUUGUGUCGCGGUUGCGGAACGGAUGAUCGCUCUUGGUACUCAUGGCGGUACCGUUCAUAUUCUCGAUUUCCUUGGGAAUCAGGUUAAGGAAUUUCGGGCUCAUACUGCUGCUGUCAAUGAUCUUUGCUUUGACCUAGAUGGUGAAUUCAUUGGAAGCUGUUCAGAUGAUGGGUCUGUUGUGAUUAUAAGUCUAUUCACAGAUGAGAAACAGAAAUUUGAGUAUCAUCGCCCGAUGAAAGCCAUUGCAAUUGACCCAGAUUAUGCAAGGAAAGCAUCCAGGCGAUUUGUUACUGGUGGUUUGGCUGGAAACUUAUAUUUCAAUACAAAAAAAUGGUUAGGAUACCGUGAUCAGGUUUUACAUUCUGGGGAAGGUCCUAUCCAUGCUGUGAAAUGGAGAACAAGUUUAAUUGCAUGGGCUAAUGAUGCUGGAGUAAAAGUUUAUGAUGCUGCUAAUGAUCAACGUGUUACAUUUAUUGAAAGACCAAGAGGAAGCCCACGCCCUGAGCUUCUACUUCCCCACUUAGUUUGGCAGGAUGAUGCCCUUCUUGUUAUUGGCUGGGGGACAGCUAUAAAGAUUGCAUCAAUAAAAACUAAUCAGGCAAGAGGUGUGAAUGGGUCAUAUAGACAAAUCACAACUUCCAACAUGAACCAAGUUGAUAUUGUGGCAUCUUUUCAAACAAGUUAUUUCAUAUCGGGAGUUGCCCCAUUUGGUGACUCAUUGGUUGUUCUUGCUUAUAUACCCGGUGAAGAAGAUGGAGAAAAGGAAUUUAGCAGCAGUGUUCCUUCACGACAAGGGAAUGCACAAAGACCAGAAGUGCAUGUAGUGACAUGGAACAAUGAUGAGCUGGCGACAGAUGCAUUACCUGUACUUGGGUUUGAGCAUUACAAGGCGAAAGAUUAUUCUCUUGCUCAUGUUCCUUUUACAGGUAGCAGCUAUGCAGGGGGACAAUGGGCAGCUGGUGAUGAACCUUUAUACUAUGUUGUAUCCCCAAAAGAUGUAGUUAUUGCCAAACCUAGAGAUGCAGAAGAUCAUAUUAAUUGGCUUCUUCAACAUGGAUGGCAUGAGAAAGCUUUAGAAGCAGUUGAAGCUGGGCAGGGGCGUAGUGAGCUUCUUGAUGAGGUGGGGUCGAGGUAUCUUGAUCAUUUAAUUGUAGAAAGGAAAUAUGCAGAAGCAGCUUCUUUAUGUCCCAAAGUGUUGCGAGGUUCUGCAGCUGCAUGGGAGAGAUGGGUUUUCCAUUUUGCUCAUCUACGCCAACUCCCUGUGUUAGUCCCAUACAUCCCAACAGAGAAUCCAGUCCUUCGUGAUACUGCUUAUGAGGUUGCUCUUGUAGCUCUAGCAACUAUUCCAUCUUCCCAUAAAGAUCUUCUAUCUGCUGUGAAAACAUGGCCACCUGCAAUAUACUCAGCAGUUCCUAUAAUUGCAGCUAUAGAGCCCCAACUUAACACCUCAUCCAUGACUAAUGAACUCAAAGAGGCACUGGCGGUUUUGUAUGAAAUUGAUGGGCAGUAUGAGAAAGCUUUUACACUUUAUGCUGAUCUUAUGAAGCCAGAUCUGUUUGAGUUUAUCGAGAAGCAUAACUUGCACGAUGCCAUUCCUGAGAAGGUGGCCCACCUAAUGUCGAUUGAUCAUAAACGUACAGUUUCAAUGUUAAUCCAGCACAGGGACUUAAUUACCCCUGCUGAAGUUGUUUCCCAACUUCUUGCUGCAAAAAAACAAGUGGAUUCCAGAUACUUUCUUCAUGAGUAUUUACAUGCGCUAUUUGAAGCCAACCCUCAUGCUGGUAGAGACUUUCAUGACAUGCAGGUUGAGCUCUAUGCGGAAUAUGAUAUAAAAAUGCUGCUUCCUUUCCUUCGGAGUAGUCAACAUUACAUGCUUGAAAAGGCAUAUGAAGUUUGUCUUAAGAAAAAUCUACUAAGCGAGCAAGUUUUCAUCCUUGGAAGAAUGGGAAAUGCAAAACAAGCCCUUGCUGUUAUUAUCGACAAACAAGGGGACAUAAAAGAGGCUGUAGAAUUUGUCAGUAUGCAGCAUGAUGAUGACCUAUGGGAAGAACUUAUUAGACAAUGUCUUGAUAAACCUGAAAUGGUUGGUGUUUUGUUAGAGCAUACUGUUGGUAAUCUUGAUCCUCUUUAUAUUGUGAAUAUUGUACCCAAUGGCUUGGAGAUCCCUCGGCUGAGGGACCGUUUAGUCAAAAUCAUCACAGAUUACAGAACUGAAACAUCUCUAAGACAUGGUUGUAACGAUAUACUCAAGGCGGAUAUAGUCAACCUUUUAGUCAAAUAUUACAAAGAAGCAAGACGUGCAAUAUACCUAACCGAUGCAGAAAGCGGGACCCGGUCAAACACGAACCCUCAGGACAGCAAUCCAAUGGAUCGACCCCCCGUCCUAAAAACCAUGGAGACAAAGUCAAAAACACGAGCAGACGGAAGGUGUUGCAUAUGUUUUGAGCCUUUACCCAUUCAGACAUCAGUCAUUGUAUUCUUUUGUUGUCAUGCCUACCACUUAAACUGUCUCAUUGACUCCACCAAUUCUAUUACCACCAACAAACAAUCUAGUGACUCGUAUGAAAAUGGUGAUUAUAUUGACGAUGAAAAUGACCAAGAUACCCCUUCGGCUGGGUCCCGGAUGCGAUGCGUUUUGUGUACCACGGCUGCUGCUGGUUGAUAAUCUGUUUUAUUUAUUUAUUUAUAAAGAAAGUUUGUGUUUGUAUAUUAUUUAUUAUUAUAUGUAUUGGUGUUAUUGGAAAUGAGGGUUUUUUGUAGUUGAAGUUGAGUGAGAAGAUGGUGAGGUGUUUGUGGGUGUAAUACUUGAGUUCCCAACAUUAGAAAGGAAUUUUAUACAAGUAAAAUUCAUGUCAA